CUGGCCGCGCGCGCCGCAACAGCCGCGCCCCUCCCGGCCGACUUCCCCGCAUCUCCCGCGCCUCCCCGCCUUCAAGCCCGUCAUCAAGGCAUAGUGGAACCCCGGCUUCACUUUCCCUCCUUAAAUCCCCUUCCGUUUCUUCUAAUCAAGGCGCCCCCCUUGGUGACAAUGACGGUCGUGGUCAUUAAUGGCCCUUGCUCCCGGUUGCCGUCGCUCCCUCUCCCUCUCUUGCUCUAUAAAGCCGAGCUUGAGCCCCUGCGUCUCUCCCUUCCCACACCCGAUCAAGCUUCACACCCUCUCACCUUCGCGCACGCACCGUCGCAGUUCGAGAUCCCGGCCGCCACACCAUUGCCAGCCGCCCGAGCUCCUCGCCGUUGGAACACUCCCGAUGCCGGACCGAGCCGCCGCCGGACAUCCCCUGUUUUCUUCACCGGUGCUCCGCCGCCCUCGAUCUCCACCACCACUGCCUCCCCGUCACCGUUCUCUUCGCCCAAAGCUUCUCUGUGUGAUAUCGUGCCUAUCUCAGUUGAGCAGCCGAUCAAAGUUGAUCAAGAGCAGUUGUUUGGGAAAGAGGAAUCUCAGUUUUUAGGCAAGCAAGAGGAGAACAAUGGGGAGGAGUACUUCAGUGACUAUGGUGAGUUUUGAGGAUGCCCCAGUCAAGUGCCUGUGGAAGUUGAAGACCGAGAUGCUUCGUCUAGUUAUUGUUUGUUCGAGUUGAAGACCUUCGAGUCUAUCAUCUGAGUGUAUUAAAAAUAUUGUAAUAAAGUUACUAAACCUUGUAUGUUUUGAAUAAUGUUAUGGAUAUUUCACUCAUGACGUCUAUCAUAUGUGUGUAAACUGAUCCUGGCACACAUAUGAGAUGCACUUGGUUUCUCUUCGGAAAUCAGGUGUGACACGCCGUCGGAGGGAGGA